AAAGCGGUUUCUGAAAGUGACCGUCCAGAACAGGCUAAUGGCCAAGGUCAACAGUGUUUGCUUAUGUGUUUCAAAAUUAAUUAAAGAAUAAAAAACCAAAAAUCUCAACCAGACCAGCUACAGUAAAUCAUCUUUACAUCACGAAACCAGUGUAAAAAGUGCAAGCAUGAACUAUUAUAUUUUUGUGACGGCAGCAGCUUGUAUGGCCAGCAUUUUGGCGCUUCCGCUGCCGGAUGAGGAGGUAGCAAUACAACCCUAUGCUAUAAAAAAUGAAAAACUCUUUGUCAAAACUAUACAAACCAGUCCCAUAUAUCUUAUACCUGAGCGCAAGGCUAUAGACAAAGCUGAGGUUGUUACCGAACGAACAGCUUUCCAUCCAGUAAACCGGAAGCCAAACAAUGGUUAUGCCAGUAUCGAGCAUAAGUUAAGUGCACCGGAUGUGGAAACCGCUCCCGCCAUACCUGCAACAAGGGCAGCUAUCCAGACCGAAGUUGACAAGAAACUAGAGAAUCAAGAUUCGAAAAACUCACUUGGUAAAGUUGAGCCCAUUGGUGCCCCCAAGGGAAUUCCCCUAGUAGACGCUCCUGCCCCCAGUAGCAAAAUGCAAAACCAGAUUGUUACGAAGUCUAAUUCGAAUCCUCUCCAAGCCACCGCCGUCGAAAAUCAAUUUGCUGCAAUAGGUUUCGAAGACCAGUUCGAUCCAAGUUCUGCAGAGUCGCAUGAUAUUGAAACAGAAGAAGUUUCAGCAGAGCAGCAUGCACCACACCAGGAACGCAUUAACUUCGAGGAGAAAAAUGACUUCACACUCAAAGAAGGAAAGUCCGAGAACAACAUUCACUUGAUCGCCCCAGAGCAUACUAAAAUCACUGACAACUCAGAGGAAGCGCAGUUAUCUGAAGACGGUACAACUUUCGAUAUUGCUGACGAUGUACCUUACCUUCAUUUUUCCACUAUAAAUUCUGAAUAUGAUUCUAAGAAUAGCCCACGGGACCAUUUUGGCGAGAGGCUGAAGAUCCCAACCUCUGUUGGAAUUGCACCUUUGCCACAAACAGUCAUGUAAUUUACUUUUAAAAGUGGAGAAUCUGCUAAGUCGAAAGAAGCCGACGAAAGCGAUGAAUCCAAUGAUAUUCGUGCAAACUAGUAAAUACUCUAUUCCAAUAACAACAUUACCCAGCUUACCAACAACGACACUAUUAUACUAUACACUAUAAGUACACAAUCACGGAACAUUGUUAAGUCUCACUCUCUCUAAGCUUCCUGCUCUAAAAAAAGUGGCUCUUGCUUCGGGCUGCUGUAGUUCAAUAAGUAUUAUCGCUAUCAUUAAUCAAUCGUAUUUACUUCUUUCCCUUGUUCCCUUCAAGCUUUAUAUACACAUAAACACAAUGUCUUUCGAAAUAAACGUUGCUUUAUUAUUUGCACAUAAAGCUACUAGAAAAGCUGGUAGCGCAGCAGACACUAUA